AUGGCCAGCGACGAAGAGUGGAUCGUCGAUGCCAAUGAGGCGUUCAACAUCUCGUUGGUACGCCCCCGCGAGUCGGGCCUCGAAAAAGUCGAGUCCUUCCACCCUACAUUCUCGUAUCCCAUCUUCGGCGAGCAAGAGCAAAUCUUUGGCUAUAAGGGCCUGAAAAUCAACCUGCAAUUCAAUGCUAGUGAUGUGCGACCAAAUCUCUCGGUUUCAUCGACCAAGAAGUUCCAGACUCUCGGUGAGGCUGAGGCACUCGAUGUCGCUGGCACUCUGAAGAACUUCCUGCCUGGAGUCGCUUUCCAAAACAAGAAAGAUUUCGAGGCUGCCGUAAAGGCAGUGCCCACAGACUGGACCCCACCGGGUGAGCUGAUCAAGACAUUCGAACGCGACGGUGAAACCUACGAGGUCUGGAAGGGUAAUCUUGCAGACCAAACCGUGAAGCAGUUGGUUAAGCGCCUUCAGAUUCUGGUUCUGCUCUACAUCGAAGGCGGUUCAUACAUUGGCGAGGACGCGGACGGUAACGACGAACCCGAGUACUCUCUUGCACGAUGGGACGUGUAUUUCCUGUACAAGAAACAGACCACCGACGGCGGACUCGCAGAGUAUACCUUCCAAGGCUAUUCUACCGUGUACAACUUUUGGCUGUUUGAGUCUCUUACGCCCCCUUCAACUCCGCCAAAGCUUCUUGAGCCCAAGGUCGACCAGUCAUGGGAGCUGCCCCAGGGAGAUUUGCCAUACUCGCAGAUUCCUCACCGCGCGCGGAUAUCACAGUUCGUUAUUCUCCCUCCUUUCCAAGGCAAGGGCUGUGGCGCCAUGCUUUACAACACCAUCUUUGAAACUGAGCUCAAGGACGUUAUGACCAAGGAGGUCACGGUUGAAGACCCAAAUGAAGCCUUCGACCUCCUCCGCGAUCUCUGCGACAUGAAGUACCUUCGCGCAAACGUCCCAGAGUUUGCAGAGCUGUCUAUCAAACCCGACAUUUCCAUCCCCCAGAAGGGUGGAAUCUUGCACCACAACCUACAGGUUACACAUGCAAACAGUGCCAUUUCUCCAAAGGCCAUUGUCGACAUUGAUGUCCUUGAAUCCAUUCGUAAGAAGACAAAGAUUGCUCCCAGACAGUUCCACCGCCUCGUCGAAAUGCAUUUGAUGUCAAAGUUGCCACUUUCUGUGCGCCCAGUCCCCGAGUCAACAGACGAGAGCAUGGACCCGCCCAAGACUGGCAAGCCUUCAGACGCAGACAAGAACGUCUACACACAAUGGCGCCUUUUGCUGAAGCAGCGUUUGUACCGUCGCAACGUGGGAGUCUUGGCUGAAUUUGAGACUACGGAGCGAAUCAUCAAGUUGAAUGAGACUCUGGAGAACGUGGAAUGGGAGUACGCCCGCAUUCUCGAGAGAUUGAAUGCCCCUAGACUAGGCGAGCAGAACGAUGAGGGUACGACGGACGCAAAGGGAAAGAGGAAGGCUAGCGGUGGAGAAGACGGCGAGCCGUCGUCGAAGAAGGCAAAGGUGGACAGUGUUUGA